UAGCAUUCAACCAACUCCUCAAUCCAUCAACCUUGCAUAGUAGCAUACAUGCUUACUUACUUGGUUACAUGCUACAAUUUAUUUAAACCGACUGUCGAUUCAAGCAAAGCACAUCUGACCAUACAACUUACAAUUUUAUCACUCCGAUACAUGUUAUGGAGGAGGAACAGCCUCAAGUCUCCUCCACCUGGCCCCCGCCGCCUCCCUUCUGGCGCGACUUCAAGCCUGAAAGCCUCGCGCGAAUAGACGAGCUACGGAAGCAACAGGCAGAAAUCGAAGGCGCCACAGAUGCAUCCAAAAUCCGUCUACGAGGCCUCCCGCGCGAGCUUCGCAAUCUUCAGCCGCCGAUAGAACCAGCAGACGGGGUAUGGAGAGUGUUUGGUGAUACAUACAGACUGAAGGACGAGCUCCCGAAACUCGAGGAUGUAGAUGUUAGACGCUUAUUCCCAGACGCGGAGGACAGGGAUCCUAAUGGAGCACACAUCGACCGCGCUCUAAUAUUAAAGAGGAUAGCCAAGUCACUACUGCUGAACUUUUUGGAACUUGUCGGGAUUAUGUCUAUUAAUGCUGAUGCCGCUGCUGAGAAGAUUCGCGACCUGGGCGACCUGUUCCUAAACUUCCACCAUCUUAUCAACGAGUACCGACCACAUCAGGCGCGAGAGUCGCUCAUCUCCAUAAUGCAGGCGCAGCUAGACCGCACGCGAGCCGAGACAAAUGCGAUUCGAGAUGCCAAAGAUAAAGCCGAGCGGAUUAUGGAAGGGCUGGGAAGCCUUAAGAUCAAAGAAGAUAUCGACAGCUUACUGAAGAAACCCGAGAAGCCGCCGGCGUGGAUAACGUCGAACAACUUGUGGGCAGCGACCGAGGAAGACCUCUAGAAGGGGGAAAAAUGCGUAAUAGCCCUAGGUAACGCUAACUACGGAAUCUUGAUCUAUUGCUUGAGACAAUAUGCGGUGGCUACUACUGGUGUGGCAACUUUUUGAAGGCAAUUAAAAAUGAUACCCCUUGGGUUUGGGAUGCGAUGAAUAGGCUAGGCCUUGGACGAGUGGCGCGAACACAUAUCUCUUAGACUAUCACAGU